AUGCCUUCAGCUAUCUCCGAAGAGGGAGUUCGCAUUGCGAUAGACAGAGGCGGUACCUUUUGCGAUUUCUGGGCAAGAAUUCCGGGUCACAAGGAAGACCUCGUUUUCAAGCUUUUGUCUGUAUGUCCAGAUGAAUAUGAGGAUGCUCCUACCGAGGGCAUCAGACGCAUCUUGGAAACUGCCACAGGAUCGUCUAUCCCUAAGGGAACCCAACUAGACUUGGCACCGGUUGAGAGCAUACGCAUGGGAACAACUGUCGCCACAAACGCAUUACUCGAACGCAAGGGCGAGAGAGUUGCCUUGCUGAUUACGAAAGGAUUCGGAGACCUUCUCAUUAUCGGGAACCAGGCCCGACCACGGUUGUUCGAUUUAGCUGUGAAGAAACUGGAUCGCCUAUAUGAGAAAGUUGUGGAAGUUGAUGAGAGAAUCACCGUCGAAGGCUCUUCGGAAGAUCCGGAUUCCCCCGUUAUCGAUAUAGCUUCAGACCCAAGUAUUUUCACUGGAGUCAAUGGUGAAGUACUAAGAUGCAUCAAGAAGCCGGACGCAGACGCCGUCAAGAGGGACUUGCAGGCCGUCUGGGAUGAGGGCUAUCGCAGCUUGGCCAUCGCGCUGAUGCAUUCUUACAACUUUCCGGACCACGAACUACAGAUCGGCGAGAUCGCUAAAGAGAUGGGCUUCAAGGUCUCAUUAUCCUCUCAACUUCAAGCGAUGAUCAAUAUCGUUCCUCGUGCUCAAUCCGCCACCGCCGACGCAUACUUGUCACCUAUCACGGAGAACUAUCUGGGCAGCUUCCGAAAGGGCUUCAAGGGAGAGCUGAUGAAUGAGGACGGAAACAAACUUUUGCUUUCUCAAUCGCAUGGCGGUCUAGUCAAAUUCAGCGACUUCACCGGUCUUCGCGCCAUUCUUUCCGGCCCCGCUGGCGGUGUCAUUGGAUAUGCGAAGACCUGCUACGAUGCAAAGGAGGGAACCCCGGUUCUUGGGUUUGACAUGGGAGGGACCAGCACUGACGUCUCCCGUUAUGGAGGAACACUUGAGCAUGUCUUCGAAAGCACCGUUGCCGAGGUCCCUAUCCAAUGUCCCCAGCUGGAUGUCAACACUGUUGCUGCCGGUGGUGGAUCCAUCUUGGAGUGGAACGGUGGUCUCUUCAAAGUCGGCCCUGACUCCGCCGGCGCAUAUCCGGGCCCGGCGUGUUACGGAAACGGGGGCCCGCUGACGAUCUCGGAUGCCAACUGCUUCCUUGGUAGGAUUCUGCCGGAGUAUUUUCCCCGCAAACUUCAUGUCGACACCGUUCGAGAGAAGUUCCUCGCGCUCACGGACCAGGUCAACCGGGACAAGCAUGGCAGCGACAAGCUCACGCCGGAGGAAGUUGCGAUGGGCUUCAUUCAGGUUGCUAACGCCACGAUGGCGAGACCAAUCCGAACUUUGAGCGAAGGGAGAGGUUUCGAGGCGUCAGCGCACAAUCUUGCCUGCUUCGGCGGCGCAGGAGGCCAACACGCCGUUGCCAUUGCCCGAGAUCUCGGCAUUCAUCGCGUGCUGAUUCACCGACUAUCCAGUAUUCUGUCAGCGUUUGGUAUGGCACUUGCUGAUAUCGUCGUUGAGCGCCAAGAGCCGGAAGCCGUGACGUAUGGCCCGGAAGCUCAGGAGCGAUUGACUCAGCGUUUUGCGUCCGUCUCUUCGCAAGGGACAAAGGACCUUGAGCUUCAGGGCAUUCCGGCUCAUCGAGUGUCUCAUGAGAAAUUCCUCAACAUGAGGUACCGGGGCAGCGAUACAGCUCUGAUGAUUCCCGAACCAGAGGAUGGAGACUUCGCCGCAGCGUUUGUCACCCGCCAUCAUAGGGAGUUUGGUUUCAGCCAGGAGAGGGAUAUUCUGGUUGACGAUGUCCGAGUCCGCAGUGUCGGAAAGGCUAUGGAGCUUCCCUUAUCGAACCCUUUCGAACAGAUGGCUGGCUCAGACCAGUUCCCUUACGCCGAUGCAACCAAUGCGAAGACUCAGAGGAUAUACUUCGAGAAGUUGGGCUGGACGAAUGCGCCUGUUUUCCACAUUGACAACUUGCCUAAGCUGAGCAAAGUUCAGGGUCCUGCAGUGAUUUUUGACGCGACUCAGACGAUUAUCUUGGAUGAAGACAGCCACGCCGUCGUACUGGACUCACAUUUGGUCAUUGACCUGUUCAGCCGAGAAGAGAAAACGACGUCAACGGACGAGGUUGACCCGAUCAAGUUGUCUGUGUUUGGUCAUCGUCUCAUGUCAAUUGCAGAGCAGAUGGGGCGAACUCUUCAAAAGACCUCAAUCUCCACGAACAUCAAGGAGCGACUCGAUUACUCUUGCGCAAUCUUCUCAGCAUCCGGUGGACUCGUUGCUAACGCACCUCAUAUUCCCGGUCAUCUUGGCUCCAUGAGCACGGCGAUCAGGUAUCAGGCGGAGAAAUACGGCAAAGAUGGCCUGAAGCCCGGAGAUGUCAUUCUCUCUAACCACCCUUGUGCCGGAGGAACGCAUCUGCCAGAUCUCACUGUCAUUACGCCGGUAUUCGACGACAACGACAACCCGACAAGAAUUAUGUUCUUUGUGGCAAACAGAGGUCAUCACGCUGACAUCGGAGGCAUCCUUGCCGGUUCAAUGCCUCCCAACUCAACAGAGCUGUGGCAAGAAGGUGCCGCUAUUGAGUCCUUCAAGAUGGUCGACAGAGGAGUUUUCAACGAGGAGGGCUUGGUGGAAGAGCUAUAUGUCAAGCCUGCUCAGUACCCAGGCUGCAGUGGAACUAGGACGUUGCGAGACAACAUCGCCGACCUGAAGGCCUCAGUCGCUGCUAACAAUCGGGGUAUCUACCUGAUUCAGGAUCUCGUCCGACAAUACUCGUGGCCGGUAGUAGAGUUUUACAUGGAAGCUAUUCAGAAGAAUGCUGAGGAGAGCGUCCGGGCCUUGCUGAAGACCUUCAGCCGCCGGUUCCGCGGAAAUCCCCUGAAGGCAGUUGACUACCUGGAUGAUGGAACCGCGCUGGCUCUGCGAGUGACCAUCAAUGGAGAAGAUGGAUCCGCCAAAUUUGACUUCACGGGAACCGGACCGGAGGCGUUGAACAACCUGAACACACCCUCGGCUGUGAUGUACUCUGGCAUAAUCUACUGCAUGCGCUGCAUGAUCUCUUCAGAUAUCCCUCUGAACCAAGGAUGUUUGGCGCCUAUCGAGAUCUACUGUCCACCAAACACCCUCUUGUCACCUAGUCUCAAGGCUGCAACCGUUGGAUCCAACGUCGAAACCUCUCAACGCAUCGUCGACCUCAUCUUCAAGGCAUUCCGCGCUGCAGCUGCCAGCCAAGGUACCUGCAAUAACUUGACAUUUGGCUACGGCGGCACGAAUAAGGAUGGGCAAGUCACCAAGGGCUUCGGAUACUACGAGACGAUUGCUGGCGGUGCUGGUGCAGGUCCUCAAUGGGAAGGCCAGUCGGGUGUUCACACCAACGUCACGAACACACGCAUCACCGACCCAGAGGUGCUUGAGAAGCGCUACCCCGUGCUGUUGCACGAGUUCUCUAUCCGCAAGGGAAGUGGUGGCCUCGGUCGAAGACGUGGUGGUGACGGAUGUGUGCGUGAUAUCGAGUUCCGCAGGCCAAUGCAAGUAAGCAUCCUGUCGGAGCGCCGUGUCAUCGCGCCAUAUGGUAUGGCUGGUGGCGAGGAAGGUCAAAGGGGAGUCAACCUUUGGAUUCGAAAGGAUGAUACCGACAACACCGUGAGAACAAUCAGCUUGGGUGGAAAGGCGACGGUGAUGAUGAAUCCUGGUGAUCGCAUCAUCGUGCAGACACCAGGCGGUGGAGGUUAUGGACCCAGUGAGGAUGUGGUGGAAGAAUUCAUCCCUGAAGAUGAGGGAAAGGUGGAAGGCACGAAGGCCAAUGGGGUCAAUGGGUUUUCCCACAUUUCACGGGCGAGCGGCAGUGUAGCCAACAGAGAGUCCGCCGCUGCAUCUAACUGA